AUGUCUAACCUCAACCUUCGCGUCGGCUACGUGCCCGAACAUUUCGCUGCCCCCCUCCUCCAGCUCGCCGACACACCAUGGGGUCAGCAAAACCUCAACCUUGUCUCCCAGCCCUCAGGCACCGGGCAGAUGCUCACCUCGCUCGACGCCUCCAACUCAGAGGGCCAGCAGAUCGAUGUAGCCGUCGCUCUCACAGAAGCUCUCAUCACCGGUAUCGCCAAAGGCCGUGACGACUACAAGCUUGUUGGCUCCUAUGUCCGCACUUCUCUCAACUGGGCCGUGAUCACCGGCACCUCUUCCUACGCUGAGAAGUACAAAUCGAUCUCCGAUCUCAAAGGCACCAAGAUCGGUAUCUCCCGAAUCGGAAGUGGGUCUCAAAUCAUGGCUAGCGUCAUGGCUCUCCAGCAUGGCUGGAACACUUCUGCUGAGGGCCAAGGCGGCGAGAUCGAGUUUAAAGUCAAUGACUCGUUCCAAAACCUUCGCGAUGGAGUGAAUGGCAAAGAGCCGUACGAUACGUCGUGCUUUAUGUGGGAAUGGUACACUACGAAGCCGUAUGCUGAUUCGGGGGAGGUUAGGUUCAUUGGUUCGGUUCCCACUCCUUGGCCCUCCUGGACCAUUGCCGCUUCGUCGAACACUGCGCUUAAAUCUGACGAUGGUCGAUCGGGCAAGCUCAAAGAGUUCUUGGACAAGCUGCAGGAGAGUAUCAAGCAGUUCGCGAACCCAGAGACUAGGAAGAAUGGAGAAGCAAAGAAGUUUAUUGUCAACCUUCACAAGUACAAGGAGGAAGAUGUGGAGAGCUGGCUGCAGACGGUCAGAUGGGCUGGUGAAGAGACUCCUAAUCCGGAAGGGGUAAAGGUUCCUAGUGCCGGACAGAACACAGAUACAAAAACAGUCUCGAAGGAUGUCAUCAAGGAGACGCUCGAGUUGUUGGAGAAGGCCGGAGUCGUCAAGGCUGAUAAAGAGGCCAAGGUGUUCGUUGACAGCGAAAGCCGUCUUGUUGCUUGA